UUUUGGUAAAGUAUCAUUGGGCUUAAAAUAAAAUAAAAAAAUAAUUAUUAUUUAAUAAAUGGAAGAAAAUGAACCAGAAUCAGAGUAUAAGUACUGUAUCAUACAGAAUUAUAAUGUCAUAGCAGCAAGUUAUUUACAAAAUCAGGAUAACAGCUCAGAAGAAAGGACGUCUAACCUACAAAUGCAAGAUAUAAUCACCAGAGACGAUAAUUCAUUAGUUGAUAUGGAGAUAAUAAGAACCUCCAAUUUUCAGGAUAAAUCAUUUUUAAGGAGUUCCAUUUCGAAAGAUGAAAAAGAGCACGCCUUUGAAUUAAGUAAUCCAGAAAUGAAAGAUGAAGAAGACAUUAAGUCAUACUUGAAGAAUGUGUUAGAAGAGUUUACAAGAAGUACUCAAGUAGAAACAGAAACUAGGUCCAACAUUGAAUCAACUACUUUGGAAAUCAGAGCUUUUAUUGAUUUUAUUGAACUUGAGAGGAGCACAAAGAGAGUUCUUGAUGGUGAUGAAGAGAUUUAUCGCAUGUUUGCAAAUAUAAAUAGCUCGGACCCGGUAGCCAAAUUUUUCAUUGUCCCAUUUGAUUUUCCAAAGCACUCAGAAGGAAGAAUUAAUGAACAAAUUCGAGAAAUUGGGCUUCAAGAAUGAGAAGGUAAUCAGCCAGAUCCAAAGUCCAACAAGCUACUAAUAAGGAUGAAAUUUAUUUGGGUGCAUGAUGUGACUUAUGAAGAAAAAAUAGCUAGGCAAAUCCCUGUACCAAUAAUGGACAGUAUCUCCCAUUCUUUCUCUAAAAUCACCCAAGUGUUGAGAGCAAUCAACAUUAUCGAGGAUUCCAGUGAAGAUGAGAAUGAUUUCUUUACUCCUGAUGUCAAGGCUAAACUCUGCAGUUAGUCUGUCUAAUAUUAUUUGAUCAACAA